CUUUGUCAACUUUUUGGCCAAAACCAAAUAUACUAUGGAUAAACUUUACGGCCUAUAUACUCAAUUUUUAACUCUGCCAGAACCAAAAGGCCCUUUCACAGGUCAAGUCAUUAUCGUAACUGGAUCAAAUAGUGGUAUUGGACUUGAAGCUGCACGACAUUAUGUCAACCUCGACGCUAAAAAGGUCAUCCUCGCGGUCAGAAAUCUAGAGAGUGGUAAUGAUGCUAAAAAAUCCAUCGAAGAAACCACAAAGCGCACUGGUGUGGUAGAAGUCUGGAAACUCGACAUGUCUAGUUCGGCAUCAGUUCUAGAAUUUGCAGACAAGGUCAACAAGGAACUCCCUCGUCUAGAUGUUGCAGCUUUGAAUGCUGGUGUAGCCACCAAUUUAUUCAAAGCCUCCAAUGACGGAUGGGAAGAAACUCUCCAGGUCAAUGUGAUUUCAACCGCCUACCUGGCCAUCCUUCUUUUACCCAAAUUGUACGCUACUGACGAUCAAUAUGGUGUGACGCCACGACUAAAUGUAACAGCUUCCGGCGUUCAUGGAUGGGCAAAAGUGACAAAAGAUAUGAUAUCCGAUGGCAAUAUGAUUGAAUGGCUGAAUAAGGAGGAGAAUGCAAAGGGCGAAGAAAGUUACUACGUAAUUUCCAAAUUGCUAGAGGUAUUUUUUGUGCAAGAGCUUGCAAAUUAUAUCAAAAAACGAGAGAAUGGUCAAACCAAAGUUAUCGUCAAUGUCAUUGACCCAGGGCUAUGUCAUUCCAACUUCACAAGAAAUAUCACCCAAACCCGCCAAAAGGUCUUUAUGACAGUCUUCAAAGCAAUUUUUGCUAGAUCAACUGAAGUUGGCUCAAGAACCAUUGUAAAUGCUGGUGAAAAUGAUAACUUUCAUACUCAUGGAAAAUAUCUUGCCAACUGCGUAGUAUUCCCGACAUCGGAGUAUGUUAGAAGCAAGGAAGGUUAUCAAGCACAGAUCAGUGUCUGGAAUGAAUUGCGUGAUAUCCUUUACAAAAUGAACCCGGAUACUCUAUCAAUUAUCGAUAGUGGAAAGGCAAAUUAAGCCAUUCUACAGAUAAGUUAAUACGCUGGAUAGACGACUAUUUGGAAAGAUUCAGCAAGCAUAGCACUAUUGUUUUGAUGCCUAAUAGUGGGUAGUUUAGUGGAUGGCUAUUAUACUUUAAUGUGAAUUAAUACUAGAAUGAUGAGCCUCCUCCUGAUUUGGCCUACUGUAUAAUAUACAAAGCCCACGGCGAACUGUUCACAGUCUUUGCAAUGAAUGUCC